AUUUUGGAUUAUUUUUUUUUUACUUCAGCAGCGUCCUGGUCGAAUUUAUUCUUGAUUACUGGAAUAAUAGUGAUGAUUUCUGGAAUAGCCUUCGAUCAUCUCAGUCGUCUGAGAGCGUUUCCAUAUGAUCGCUUUAAAGUUUACAGGAUUGUCACGAUCGUCCGGAUAGAACUCAACUCUAUCCAAGCGAUUGAGGUCAUCUCAGUCGUCCGGGUAGCGUUUCCAUAUGAUUGUCGUGAUCGUCUGAACAUUAAAUAUUUGAGACGACUGGGACAAUCAUGUGGAAACCAGGCUUUACUGGACAGUAAUGGUUGCUCUACUAAACAUUUCAUCAUACAAGACCUGCUCAUCCUAGCAACAGACGUGAGGAAUUCACCUUGACUCUAAAUAGCUGCAACAAUGUACAGGAAUGUGUAUCUCUUCCCUUGUGUGAACACAUAUCCACCAGAAUAAUACGGCUACAUAGCGCAUGCUACUUCAGUCAUUGUUUCAAAGAAACUGUUUUUUUUUUCAACGACUGCCUUCCCAUCAGCUCCUUCACCUGAUUCUACAAACCGACUGUGUCGUGAACAUAGUGAACAGCGAGUCACCAGUUUUAUAACACAAUUAAUUGACGUGAAACGUGUUGACAUCAACGCUACUAUCCAGGCCUAUUUUAGAAGGAUUUGUAUUGAUUCCUCAGAGCAAAAGGGUGCUUAUAUAUCCCCAUUAAGUAACACUAACAAGCUGAUUUUUGGAAAGGGGCUUUAUUCAUAAUUUUAUUUCUGAUCAUGCCAAACAAUCCCAUAAUUACACAAAUUUGACGUCACACUUCUCUAUUGUGUUACUUUUAGAUGGGUUUAUAAACAGACAUUGAUAACAAAAGAUUACGUUCUUUAAAGAUGGACAAAGCAGUUCUGUCAACCUUCAAAAGGGUUUAUUGUUACAUUCUCCUCUUUCUUUUUUUGUAAUCGUUCAAAACUGCCAAGGCGUCGAUUUUUAAUUUAAUUUAUAAUUGUAAGUUUAAAAUGAAGUGUGUUGUUGUUGAAAUGAUGGCUGACACAAACCUCGCGUAGUCAAUCAAACGAUCAGUAAUCUAACUCCAGUCGUUCGAUUGACUUCGAAUCGGUUCUGAAAUCGAACAUAAUGGAACGUUCAAAAUCGAAGGUUCAGUAAUCGUUCAUACAACCAGUUUCAUCUGGUUUCAAACAAGGCAUUUCGGUUAACAAUUGCGUUAUAUGUUAGCUUCAAUUUCAAACACGAGUACACAGGAAGCGAUGGAAAGUGAACGGACUUUUCCUUCGAAAAAUGGGGCGGUUUGUACGAAUGAGGUGUCCGUAUGUUAAGUAGGUGUCUGUAAAGCCGGGUUUGAAGAACGUCAAUUUUUAAAGUGAGGAAGAUGCUUGACCAAAGGGUCCGCUGUACCCCUUUGAAAAAUCCUUUGGCGUAAAAAUAUUGAGACUUCUCAUACGUCACGAAUAGACCUAUUCGGCUAACUCAAUGUUGUACCCAAUUCAAACCCUUUGGGAAUAAACCCUUUGGGAAUAAACCGUUUUGUUUCCGAAAUUUCCAUAUCAUUUAAAUGAGAAUGCCACAUUAUAGCGGAGCUCCACGCGCGCACAUGGGCGAAGCCCCAUUGCUAAGUAAAUCUACCCAUCCUUGAAAAUUUGGUAAUCACGUGACCGUACAGCGACCGACCGCCCGCCAUCCGUCCGCACCACAGGAAAACCAAUGUUUACUCUCACAAUUUUAGCUAGUUUGGGAGCCCAAGAGAACACUAAUUGCACAGGCUGGACAUCAAUGUUGUGAUCAAUUGACAGCUAUCAAAACAGGGCAUCCGCUGACCAGUAUCACCUGACCGUACCGCGGGCUCAAGUGUCGACCCAUCGAGGUCAAGUAUUUUUUUAAAGUUAUCUGCUGACAAAUUACCAGUUUCAAAUGAUCGCAGGCUCAAGUUUAUUUUUUCCAAGGAUUCAAAUCAAAUAUGUUGUGUUUAUGUCACUAUGGCCCCGCCCUAUUAGGAUUUUGAUUUCAAACUGACCUCGGAAGCGAAAAUUCAUCCAGUUUUUUUAAAAGUACAGGCGGGGAAGACCUUAUCUUACCAUGGUCACGCGUUGGUCACGCUCUACGUCCAAUUUUUAUCCUCUGAUUGGUCAAAAUUUGACAGGUGAGUUUAUGCGGAAAAAUUAUUCAGCAUCUUGAAAGUAGUUUACUUUGAGAGCUGAAGCUGACAGCGUUUUGUGUCAACUUGUGAUGUUUUUAACUGGUACAAAAUGAAAUACAGCUGCUAUUAAGAGUCUUCUGUUAUUCAUGGCUGGUUUGUUUACUCGGUUUUGGUUGAGAAAUGCGUCGCUUGUCAAAAUUCGGUAAUUCGAUUUCGGAGGGCAUCGUUUUCGUUUUUCACCUUGCUUUUAUGCGUAAGAGGGUUUAAAAGUCUCAAGCAACUGUGGCCUCCCUUGCUAGCUUCCAGGAACUGAAUCUCGAAUGGUAAGCCUGAGUAAUUAUUGUAUUUGAUGUUUGUGUUUCAUGAAGUCUUGCACAGUUCACGCUGACAGUUUAUACGGCAAGUGUACAUGCAUGUUUGCAGGAUUUGAGUCAAUGAUCUGACCUAGUAUCAGGUUUGAUAUAAGCUUACAGAACUUUAAAAAGCCUUCAUAUAUUUGCUCACCACAAAUAGAAAGAAAACGUUCCGAAGAAUAUUUAGUUAUAAAUUUGGCUGUAGAAAGAAAACUUUGAGCGAUUUUCUUGCUUCGAGGAGUUCACCUUCAAAGCAGUAAACACCACGCCGGGAAGCCGGCUAAAACAUAAACUUAAGCUUUACGCUUAAAGACUCAGGAUUUUUAGAGACACUUUAUUACUUGUCUUCGUGAAUGAAAAUUGUUGUCUCUGUAAAUGUUUCACGGAAUUGUAUCUCUUUUUUUGAUUGUUAGUAGUCUCUAUUGCAAUUUUAAUCGCUUGUCCGUGCCGUUUGUUUUCAUCGUUCAUGACCAUCGCUUGCAGGAGUACUCAAAAAUGUCGCGCGUAUCAAACGCUUUAUAAGAUUACACAUCGUUAUAACUGAAACCAUUACAUAACAAAACAAAUACUAAUAAAUUCGCUAUUAUGUUGAAGCGUAACUCUGUUAAAGUUCAUUCAAACACUCGACCACACUGACAGCUUGCACUAUAGAAACGAGAACCAGCUGGCCGUAUGGGUGAUUUUGGAAAUUUUCUGAAAUUUUUGAAUGGUUUGGCUCGUCCUGAAUAUUGACUGAGUGCAAUUUGUCUUGAAAAAUUGUGAAAUACCGCAUUCUGUCCGAGCUCUGUAUGAUAAAUAGUACUGUUUCACCUCAAAUGUGGUGUAUAAAAAUUAUAAAAGCUUGGUUUAAACACCCCCAGAUUUGUUGGCAAGAAUUUGUAAAGUAAACCUGUCGAACGCAAAAAAAUUUGGCGUCAUUUGCUUUCCAAGAAUUUGUUUUCGAGGCCUAAUUUACUGUGAUCUUGAAUGUGAUCGAAGAUGUUUGCUAUUUUUUGGGUGUACAUAUAAGGUUAUCAAUUCGAUGUAAGAUGUUUCACUCUAAAAUAACUUAGCCUUUUCCUCAAAAGUCACAUGAAUCUGCCCUUAAGUUAAAUAAUUUGUGGAUUAAAAGUUUAUUGUUUGAUUUAAAUUAUAAAUUUAUUAAAAUUGGAGCUUCGCUUUUAGCCCUGGCUAAAUCUAUAUAUUAAUGCAAAUACAAUACACAAAGAAUCUUAACCCCAGGAGAUCUGAGAUCUGAAUUGGGUACAACAUUGAGUUAGCCAAAUAGGUCUAUCACAUGCCAUUUGUCGACACUAUCUUUCAUCAUGACAUGGCAUACGGUCCUCUCCAACCGAGACCAUCAGCCUCGUAGACGAAAGGACCUACCCAGCCAAUCAAUAACCAGAGUUUGAUACCAUUACUCAUUGGACAAAGCCAACACACCCCAAGGAAUGAACGAUGUGAUACAAUUCCCUCUUAAACUGAACUUAAACACUUCUGUACGCCGGAGACAAGAAAGACUUUCCCACCAUGACAAUCGCAUAACGCUUUCCACUCUCCUUGCCAUUGUAAACUUCUGCCCACAGUUUAAACUGUGACCUGGAUCAAGUCGUCGAUUCAUUGGUUGCUAACAUCAAAGCAAGGUUUUUUUUCAUUCCAACAUGAACUUUACACAUCUGGAUGUUGAUCACCUUAUAUCCAGUGAAUUAUCUUCUUCUACUUCAUAUUUCAUGCAGCUAAUAUCAAAUCACUUAUUGAUUGCAGAUUCCCAAAAGAUGGCCAAGAUCUCCUUUAUUCUUAUAGUGUACUAGCUAUGACGCUAAUCAGCUUUCAACACAGAGACGACUUGGUCAAUUAUGGAUGCAAAGAAAUUAAGCGGUUGACCACUCCAGAAAACACCUUAACAUACUAUUAUGCUCUUUGUUUGUCACCCCAAAUUGUGCAUAAGCAUUGUCUUCAGUUUCUCUUGGGAGUUAAAAUGGCCCUAAGAGAAAAGAAAAACUGA